AUGGCGUCCAUGGGGCGUACCAUUUCUGGGCUCGGUCCCCUUUCUCUUGGGAGGGCCCCUCCACAAGAAACUGGACUCUUUGAGGAAGAAGUACGGGGACAUCCUCACCGCAUCAUAUGCUCGGGAGGUAGCCUGUGGCAAGACAACCGUCGCUUCACCAUGCGGGUUUUGAGGGAUUUCGGAUUCGGAAAGACGGCUGCCUUGGAUUCCAUGAUUCAGGACGCGGCACUCGGUCUCUGCCAAUAUUUCAAAGAGAACAAGGACAAGCCACAAGACUUUGGCCCUCGUCUCAAUCUUGCCGUUCUCAACAUCAUAUGGAAAAUGGCUGCCGACAAAACAUUCUCGCACGAUGACCCGAAGAUGCAGGACUUCAUGAAUCGAUUCAUGCAAGUGGUGAGCGACUCCGCCCUCGUCGGACCGAUUCAAUGGGUCCCAGCGUUCAUCUACCUCUGGCCACCUGCACUUCGGGCCUGUCGACGCAUCGAUAGCAAUAUGGCUGCCAUUAGUAAAAUAUUCUUGGAUGAAUUGAAGCAACACAAGCGGAAUCUGCCUUCGUCCGGCGGAGCCAAGGACUACAUCGACGCCUACCUUACUGAAAUGGAACAACAGAAGUCUCGAGGAGAAAUCAAUCCAAAUUUCUCUGAAUUCCAAUUGCGAGUGAACAUCUCAGAUCUGUUCAUCGCUGGAAGCGAGACGACGUCAAACACAACUCGCUGGUGCAUUCUUUUCCUCCUCUGUCACCCUGAAAUUCAACACAAACUUCAGGCUGAAGUAGACAACGUCGUCGGGCGCGAUAGGCUUCCUUCGCUCAACGACCGAGACAGAUUGCCCUACACUGAAGCAUUCAUAAUGGAAGUGCAGCGCUUGGCGCGCCUGAUCCCACUCGGCGUGGGUCAUGCUGCCACUGAAGACGUAGAAUUCGGCGGAUACCGAUUUCCCAAGGGGACGGUGUUCAUGGCGAACAUAUGGUCUUGUCACUCGGAUCCCAAGUACUGGCCGGACCCGGAAAAGUUUGAUCCUGGAAGAUUUCUCAAUUCCGACGGAUCUUUGAAGACCAAAGUUCCCAGCUUUCUCCCUUUUGCUCUUGGGAAGCGUCAAUGUCUGGGCGAAUCCUUGGCACGCAUGGAGCUUUUCUUGUUCGUGACCAUCUUCAUGCAAAAACUCACAUUUCUGACUACGACGGGACGUCCUCAUCCCAAAGCCGAGAGCGUCGACAGCUUCAUCGUCAAUUCUCCCAAGCCUUUCCAAUUCCUCAUCGAGGAGAGAAAGCAGUAGAAUGGCAAUGAUCGAUAUGCAACACGCAGGAAUAAGAUUGACGUUCAAUACUUUUUUGCAAUCAACUCAUUUCGCGGAUAUCACAAUUGACUACUUUCCAUAUUCAACAGCACUGGUAUUACUUUCG